AUGGUCAAAGCGAAAGGAAAAGAAGCAGCAAAGAAAGCCGAGAAAAAGGCACGAAAAGAAGCCUCGCAUCAGAAGAAGUCGUCCAAGAACGAGAAGAAGCAGAUCACGAAGAAGGGCAAAGACGACGACAGCGACGCCGAAGAUGCCGACCUCGACGCAAUCCUGGCCGAAUACCAGAAGCAACAAGAACAGUUCCUCAAAGUCACCGAGAUUGUGUCCGAGCCACCCUCGCCACGCUCCUCAGCGACAUUAGUAGCCUCGCCAGCGAAUGCCAGUGAGAUCUUCCUCUUCGGCGGCGAGUAUUACAACGGGGCCCUGGUAUCUUUCUUUGCGGACCUCUACGUCUACAAGACAAACUCGGACUCGUGGCGCAAAGUCACAAGUCCGAAUUCGCCACUCCCUCGCUCCGGACAUGCCAUGUGUCAGGGAGGCAACGGUGGUGGGAUCUAUGUCUUCGGCGAGCCCAGUUCACGGGAAUGGACGAAGCUGGAAGGGAAAGGUGGACCGCCUGCGCGAAGUGGACAUCGUAUGACUUAUUUCAAGAACUACAUUGUUCUCUUUGGUGGCUUCCAGGAUACGAGUCAGCAGACAAAGUAUCUCCAGGACGUGUGGCUGUAUGAUACACAGAAGUUCAGCUGGCAUGAGCCUAAACUACCUCCUGCAGCUGGGAAACCAGAUGCGAGGUCUUCCUUCUCAUUACUCCCACACGAGUCUGGAGCUGUGCUGUAUGGAGGGUACUCACGAGUCAAAGUCGCCACAACGGCGGCAAGGGCUUCGAAGGGUGGCAAGUUGGGAUCGAGAGUCAUUAUGAAACCUGUCGUGCAUCAGGAUACUUGGUACCUACGGAUCACGCCUCCAGCUUCAGACGCGCCAGCCAAUGCGCUGCCGACUGUGAGGUGGGAGAGGAGAAAGCGACCAGUAAAUACACCCAAUCCUGCUCGAGCCGGAGCGACAAUGGCCCAUCACAAGGGACGUGGAAUCUGCUUUGGUGGUGUACAUGACGUGGAGGAGAGUGAGGAGGGCAUCGACAGCGAGUUCUUCAAUCAAUUGUUUGCCUACAACAUAGACCGCAAUCGAUUCUUUCAGCUGGGUUUGCGAAGGCCACGAACUUCAGCUAAGAAGGUCGCUGGUGCAGCUGAUCGAAGUCGGAGAGGGAGGGGUAAAGCAGAUGAGGAAGAACUACUGCGGAACUUAGCUCUAAUAGAAGGCAAAGGCACAGCGGACAUUGAGAUGCCUGACGCUGACAAGGCCGAUGCUGCUGACGAAUCCGAGAAGGUCGAGAAGCCGACAAUGUGGGAGAUGCCGCAUGUACGCUUCAACGCACAGCUGACGGUGCAAGAGGAUGUAUUGUAUAUCUUCGGUGGCACUUUCGAGAAGGGAGAUCGCGAGUACACAUUCGACGAGAUGUGGGCGAUUGAUCUUGGAAAGCUAGAUGGAUGUAGAGAAGUCUUCAAGCGGGAGAUCGAGGAUUGGCAGGGCAGUGAAGACGAAGACAGUGAAGAGGACGACGAAGAUGAUGGUUCCGAUGACUCCGAGGACGAGGAGGCAGAGGAGGGAGCUGCGCCAAGUACACCUGCCACAUCGAUCGCACCCAGCGAAGACGCCACUGCCGCAGCUGCCCAGCUCGCGGAAGAUGUUCAGGAAGAAGAGACCACAGACACAUCAACCAACGACAGACUCCCGCACCCCCGCCCCUUCGAAUCCCUCCGCGACUUCUUCACCCGCACCUCCAACGACUGGCAAGACGUGCACCUCGACUGGCUGAAAUACCAGCGCGACGUGGACGCCACUUCGGUCAAGGAGAUCCGCAAAAAGGCCUUCGCGCGCGCGGAGCAGAAAUGGUGGGAUGUGAGGGAGGAGAUCCAGGGACUGGAGGAUGAGCAGGAGGCAGCGGGGAUUAGCGAGGUGGUUGCACUCGAUCAACGGGGAGGUGGAGCAGAGGGCGGGGUUGGAAGGAGGCGAUAG